GGAGCCCUCGGCCUCUGCCCAUGAGGGGGCUCCGCGAUCCCCGCCGCCGCCUGCUGCCCGGGCCGGCGCGGCGCUGAGGCGGCCGCCCCUCUGCGGGCAGCGAGCCCCUCCCGGAGGGCGCCAUGGAGGUGAAUGCGGGAGGCGUGAUUGCCUACAUCAGCUCCUCCAGCUCAGCCUCCAGCCCCGCCUCCUGCCACAGUGAGGGCUCGGAGAACAGUCUCCAGUCCUCCUCUUCCGUUCCAUCUUCGCCAAACAGUUCCAACUCUGACGCCAAUGGCAAUCCCAAGAAUGGCGAGCUCCCCAGUAUUGAAGGCAUCCUGAAGAGUGAUCGGAUAGAUUGUUCCAUGAAAGCAAGCAAGUCGAAUGCACCAGGGAUAACAAAAAGUCACAGUGGUGUGACAAAGUUCAGUGGCAUGGUUUUACUGUGCAAAGUCUGUGGGGAUGUGGCGUCAGGAUUCCACUAUGGAGUGCACGCGUGUGAAGGCUGCAAGGGUUUCUUCCGGAGAAGUAUUCAACAAAACAUCCAGUACAAGAAGUGCCUGAAGAAUGAAAACUGUUCCAUAAUGAGAAUGAACAGAAACAGAUGUCAGCAGUGUCGCUUCAAGAAGUGUCUGUCUGUUGGAAUGUCGAGAGAUGCUGUUAGGUUUGGUCGCAUUCCUAAGCGUGAGAAACAAAGGAUGCUAAUUGAAAUGCAAAGUGCGAUGAAGACCAUGAUGAACAGCCAGUUCAGUGGUCACUUGCAGAAUGAAGCAUUAGUAGAACACCGGGAGCAGACGGCCUUACCUCCCCAGGAACAGCUGCGACCCAAGCCCCAGCUGGAGCAAGAAAGCCUGACAAGCUCUCCUCCUCCCUCUUCUGAUUUUGCAAAGGAAGAAGUCAUUGGCAUGGUGACCCGAGCCCACAAGGAUACCUUUAUGUAUAAUCAAGAGCAGCGAGAAAACUCAGCGGAGAGCAUGCAGCUCCAGAGAGAACGGAUGCCCAAGAACAUGGAGCCAUAUAAUUUAAAUCAUGACCAUUGUGGCAGUGGGCUUAGCAGUCAUUUUACUUGUAGUGAGAGCCAGCAGCAUCUCAAUGGACAGUAUAAAGGGAGGAACAUAAUGCAUUACCCAAAUGGUCAUGCCAUUUGUAUUGCAAAUGGACAUUGUAUGAACUUCUCCAAUGCUUAUACUCAAAGAGUAUGUGAUAGAGUUCCAAUAGAUGGAUUUUCUCAGAAUGAGAACAAGAAUAGUUACCUGUGCAACACUGGAGGGAGGAUGCAUCUGGUUUGUCCAAUGAGUAAAUCUCCAUAUGUGGAUCCACAUAAAUCGGGGCAUGAAAUCUGGGAAGAAUUUUCGAUGAGCUUCACACCAGCAGUGAAAGAAGUGGUGGAAUUUGCAAAGCGCAUCCCUGGGUUCCGAGAUCUCUCUCAGCAUGACCAGGUCAGCCUUCUGAAGGCUGGAACUUUUGAGGUUUUAAUGGUACGGUUUGCAUCACUGUUUGAUGCCAAGGAGCGUACUGUCACCUUUUUAAGCGGGAAGAGGUACAGUGUGGAUGAUUUACACUCCAUGGGAGCAGGGGAGCUGCUCAACUCCAUGUUUGAAUUUAGCGAGAAGCUGAACGCCCUCCAACUCAGUGAUGAAGAGAUGAGUUUGUUUACAGCAGUUGUCCUGGUCUCUGCAGAUCGAUCUGGAAUAGAGAAUGUCAACUCUGUGGAGGCUUUGCAGGAAACCCUUAUCCGUGCACUGAGGACCUUAAUCAUGAAAAACCACCCAAAUGAGGCCUCUAUUUUUACAAAGCUACUUCUCAAGUUGCCAGAUCUUCGAUCUUUAAACAACAUGCAUUCUGAGGAGCUGCUGGCCUUUAAAGUGCACCCUUAAGGCCUUUGUGUAUCAAAACAUGAGCUGAAGCUGACUGUACAUUUGUGCUAACAGUGCUUAUUUCUACGUGUGUACCGUAAGUGGAGAUGGAAAGACCUUGGAGGUGGUGCAAGGUUGUAGGCUGCCUCUGUCAAAGUGCAGUGGCUGUUGGAUUGAGAACUCUUCAGCCAUGACUUGGCACCGACCACAUCUCCCCGAUAGACCAAUCAGCUGUGUCACACUUCAACUGGAGAAGUUACACUGAAUUAUACUCACAUUGAAUGUUUAGACUUUCAUCUGCCAAAACCAAAAACCAUUUUGAUCUCCCUGUGGUAUAAAUGCAUAGCGCACAAUCAUAGGUCCAUGAGGACUUAGACCUUAUUUCUUUGUAGAAGUUGUUUGAGUGGUGGCUGACUUGGUAUUACCCCAAGACCAUUUGCUCUGGUAAUUAGAGACUCUGGGAGGUAGGAGAUCCACGUGUCUGUGUUUUGGUUUGCCACUGGUAACAUUUGGCCCCUGGACAGGUUACUGGGCUGUGGAAAAUGAAAAGUCAUAGUGUCCCUGAUUGCCCUAGUU